AUGGAUCCCGAUCGAACUAUGGCAGAUGACAUAGAAAGUAACGCGCUGGCUCCUACCAAAGGGGCGGUGCCAUCUGAUAAUCGACCUCCUACGACGUUAGUCUCAGUGGUACCUCAAGAAAGGGUCACAUGGGAAUUCUUCAAAGAGGAAUUCCAGAAGAAAUACAGUAGUGAGAGAUUUAUAGACCAAAAGCGUAAAGAAUUUCUUGACUUGAAACAAGGUCGCAUGACAGUUACUGAAUAUGAAAGAGAGUUCGUCCGACUCAGUAAGUACGCUCGGGUGUGUGUAUCCUCUGAGGCUAAGAUGUGUAGAAGAUUCGAAGACGGACUUAAUAAGGACAUUAGACUGUCAGUGGGUGCCCUUAAGUUGAAAGAGUUUGUAGUAUUUGUUGAUCGAGCCUGUAAAGCCGAGAAAUUAAUUAAGGAAAAUAAGAAAAUCGAAGCAAAAACUAGAGAUGCAAGGAAGAGAAAUGCGAGCAAAUCAUUUCCAUCACAAUCUAAGAAAUCCAAAGACGCCUACUCUCGCUCUCAUGCAUCAACCAGACAUUCAUACCGAGAUCGUAUAAAGCAAGAUUCAGAUUUUAAGUCUCAGGCUACAUCAGUGGCCAGCGUGGGUAAUGUCAGAUCUUCUAAACCAGAAUGCCAACAUUGUGGUCGAAAUCAUUUCGACAAAUGUAGGAUGAAUGAUGGAUCUUAUUUUCGGUGUAGUUCUCAAGACCACUUUAUCAAAGAUUGCCCCAAGAUGAUUGACAAAGAGAAGUUUCAAGGUACAAGACCAAGCGGCACAAAUUCUAAGGGAAGGCUUCAGAAGAAUGUUGGAACUGGGGCUAGCAGCAAUAAUAUGACGAGAGACACCAUCAUAAGGUCUAAAGCUAGGGCUCAAGCUAAAACCUAUGUUAUACGUGUACGUGAAGAUGCAUCAUCUCUUGAUGUGAUCACCGAUACAUUUUCUGUCUAUGAUAAUACUGCUAUUAAAUUGAAAUGCGAAAACGGUGAAACCCUUUGGGUUGAAUCAGGUGAACCAAGGAACUUGCCUAUUGUGAUAUUUUUGAUGUCGGCCCAGAAAUAUUUGAGGAAAGGAUGUGAAGCUUAUUUCGCUUUUGUAAUGAAUAAAAAGGAAUCAGAAUUAAAGGUUGAGUCAGUGCCGGUUGUAAGUGAAUAUGUGGAUGUAUUCCCAGAAGAAUUGCCUAGGUUACCCCCUAUUAGAGAAGUUAAAUUUGGCAUGGAGCUAAUACUAGGGACUACGCCUAUUUUGAUUGCUCCGUAUCGGAUGACCCCAAUUGAGCUGAAAGAACUAAAGUCAUAG